AUGUCUUCCUUCAGACUGGGAGCCUCGAGGGUCGCCCGCCAGGUUCGGGUCCCUUGUGUGCGCAACACGAGGAGGUAUGCCUCCGACAGCCACGAUCACUCGGCCAACCAUGCCCACAGCUCUGCCGGCCAUGAGGAGCACCAUCACCACCACUCUGUCAACGAGGAGCUUGGAAGUGCCUUCUACGUGAUAUUCGGCGCCAUCCCCGCAUUCGGUGCGCUCUACUACUUCUCUCGGCCGGGCAAGGACGGACAGCCAAACAAGAUUACCAGUUGGUUGCAGAAGUGGGAGGAGCACUCAGAGGCGUUGGCCGACAAGAACGCUCUUAUGACGGCCGCCAUCGAGCAGGCUGCUCACGACAAGCACCUCUUCUACUAUGCCGACAACCUGAGGAGCGGACACUACGAGAUGAAGUAUCCAGAGCUCUUGCAGCACGGUAGCGCUCGCAAUGUCCCGGCCGGUACUUAUAUCCGUAUGGACAAGGUUGUCGAGGUCUACAGGAAGCAGCACCUUGACGAAGAGGAGCGUAAGGCGAAGAAGCUGGCGGCGGCGGCCAACUAG